CUCCCAUCCGAGCCACAAAGCAGCCAGCCUCACCGAUACCGAUACCCAUCCCCAGACGACUUGCAGCUCAAACCCGGCCGUUAUAACUUGCCUCAUCGCAUAACUCACCAGUGACCGCCAUCCCCUCCGCACCCACCUCCGCACCAACCUCCGCAACCCCCCUCCUCGCCCCCCACCCAUGUCUCGCGCAGCUACCCCUCCCAUCCCCGGCUCGCCGACGCCGACGCGCCCGCAGCUCAUCCUCUGCGCCGACGGCGGCGGAAGCAAGGUCAUGGUCGUCGUGCGCUCCGACGACGGCCGCGAAGUGCGCGGCACCGCGGGGCCGUGCAAUGUCCAAUCCAUCGGGCACAUCACCGCCGCCGACCGUAUCCUCGAAGCGACGUACCGCGCGCUCGCGCAGCUGCCGGCCUCGCACCUCCCCGAGGGCUUCGCGAUCGCGUCGCCCUCGCCAUCAGCUAUUCCUGCGGGCGUGCGCAGCCGCAUGGGCUCGCCCACGCCGAGUGGAUACAACACACCGCGGGCCAAAUGGGCGUCGUUGGCUGAGCCACUGUUCCAGCACUGCUGGAUCGCGUUGGCGGGCAUGACGACGCCGGCGAAUGCGACGGCGUUUAUCCCCUUCGUCUCGGCAGUACUGUGCACUGCGCCGGAGCGCAUCUCCAUGACUAACGACGUCAACCUCCUCGCCGCGCCCGCCCUCCACCUCUCUGGCAUCGACCACUGUGUGGCGAUCGUGUGCGGCACAGGCACGAUCGGGCGCACGAUCCGCAUCCAAGAGCACGCAGCGCACCUGCCGCCAUCGCCGCCGGUCGACGGCGCGCCGGAGCGGAAGCGUCGCGGGCUGCCGCUGGCGGACGUAGGCGUCUCGCGCGGCUGGGGAUACAUGCUCUGCGACGAAGGGAGCGCCUUCUGGAUCGGACGGUUGGCGAUCCGCGAGCUCCUAGGCCAAUGGGACCGCGAGCAAUGCGCGGGUAUCUACAGCUCGCCCGUGCCCCCGCGCCUGCCGCUGCACACCGACCUGCUGUCGUACUUCGAGGUCGAGGACCCGACUGAGCUUAUCGGCAUCGUCGCGCUCAUGACCGACUUCGUGGACGGCCUGACGAUCGGCGAAGCGAGCUCCAAGCGGAACGCGUACCUCGCCGGCGCGGCGCGGCACGUCUUCAAAUGGGCGUUUCCGGCGGACUCGGGCGUCGCGCUCGACUCGGAGCUCGCGCAGCGCUCGCACGAAGUCGCGCUCAGCAUCGCAAAGUUCGCGAUGGACUCGCUCGUCAAGCUCGCCAUCGAGUGUCUCGGGGACGGCACGGUCGUGCGCCCCGAAAACACCGCGGUCACGCUUGGCGGCGGACUUAUGAACUCGCCGGGAUACCGCGAGCUCCUUCUCGAAGGGCUGAAGGAGCGCGGCGUCGUUUUCCGCGACGUCUUGCUCGUCGACGACGCCGCGGGCGAGGGCGCGAAGGCCCUCGCGACGGUCACGUUCAAGUGACCGUGGUCCCACUGAAGAGCGAAUGGUGGACCCGCGGGCAAGUCCGCGGCCAGCGGCACGGCGCGCGGGCCGAGCGGCCAAGCAUAGACAUAGGAACGACAUCUGUAAACCAUGCAUUGUAACAGGGUAUUUGCGAGAA